UUUUGAACAGGCUGGGCUGGUAUCUGGAACAGCCUCGACGAGGGAAAAAGUCCCUUCUCUGCCCCGUAUCUCAUCCGAAUUCACACAACUUCCAAUCUAAACCGCGCAAAUCGUGAACAGGUUCAUGGGCUCGACAGAAACCGCCCGGUGGUUUGUGUAAAUCAAACUGAAGGCACAUGGUGCGGAUUCUCAGGAUGAGUUGCCGAAAUCCACCGGCAGCAGCAGCGGCGCGAAAGACUGCAGCAUCUGCCCGGGCCGAAUAAACCGCAAACUUGUCUCUGUCAUCUCGUCUUUAUCUUUAAUUUGAGCCGAAAACCAAGCCCUUAAAGGGAAUUCCAUGCGAGACCGCGAAGAAAAGCAGAAGAGAUGUUUCAGCUUCCAGUGAAUAACCUCACCCGGUUGAGGAAGGCCAGGAAGAAAGUCAAGAGAUUGCUAAGUGACAUUGGCCUUGACUACUGCAAAGAGCAUGUUGAGGACUACAAAGAGGUGGACCCCGAUGAUUCUGAUGACUCAAAUCAGUCUUACCUUGACCUUUGUACAUGGGAUCCAACCUGGACAAAGUCUCAGGACUACAGAACAAAGCAGUUUUGCUGCUCAGAUUGCCCAUUUGCCUCCAAAUAUUUCUCAGCCUACAAAAACCACUUCCGCAAUGUUCACAGGGAAGACUUUGAAAGCAGAAUACUUCUUAACUGCUCCUAUUGCACAUACAGUGGGAACAAGAGGACUCUGGAAACCCACGUCAGGCUCUUCCAUAUGCCUCACAAUGUGAUGCGUCAGGGUGUCGUUGGCCCUCAUGGAGCUCCAGUAGGAGUUAAGGAUGGCAUGCGGGUGGACAAACCCUUGCUGGGUGAUCGAAAGGAGCUCCCGGUGUACUACUGCAAGAAGUGCACCUAUCGAGAUCGACUGUACAACGUGGUGCGCCGGCACAUCUACAGGGAACACUUCCAGCAUGUGGCAACACCUUACCUGGGAAAAAACUCAGAGAAGCAAGAAAACAGUGUAGCGGCCCAAGCCAACAGUCAUGGGAUUCACUGCAAGAGCUGCCACUUUACACCUCGUUCUUAUGAAGCUCUGGUGCAGCACGUCAUUGAGUUCCAUGAGCGCAUUGGCCAUCAAGUCACUGCUAUGAUAGGGCACACAAAUGUCAUAGUCCCGAGGCUCCAGACGAAUCCAAUGCAAAGAGGUGUUGCUAUCACUCCUGGUGUGCGUCCACAAACACCUCAAAUGAAUCGCUUCAGUAUGCCCAAAGUGGUGGGGUUACCUGUUGGAAACCAUUUUAAGCAAAGCCUUGCUGGCAACUCUGUGCCUGGUCAACCAGUGCGCGUUACACUACCUGAUAAAGCUUUUGUGUCUGGUGCAGUGUCUCAGUCUCACUCGGGAAAACACCUGGGCGGCUUUGGAGUCCAUGGUGCUGCACAUCUUAAUGCUCAGUCAGCUUCUUUCUCCCCCUCACUGAAGAGCCUACCUCUCUCUUCAUCCGUGCAUGCUGCUACUGCCACAUUGACAUCACUGCAGGCCAAGAAAGCUUCAGCCAAUGCUUUGAACACCUCACAAACACAAAAGUGGAAGAUCUGUACCAUCUGCAAUGAACUUUUCCCCGAAAGUGCAUAUAGUGCUCACUUUGAAAAGGAACAUCAGGCAGAGAAGGUGAGGGCGAUGGCUAAAUACAUCAUGAAGAUCCACAAUUUCACAAGCAAGUGUCUGUACUGUAACCGUUACCUUCCAAGUGACUCUUUGUUGAACCAUAUGCUAGUGCAUGGGCUAUCAUGCCCACAUUGUCAUUCCACAUUUCAUGAGGUUGAGAAAAUUGUAGCACACAAGCGCCUGGCGCACCCCAAUGAGCAAGGGGAUCAGCCAACUGGUUCUCUCACAUUCGAUCUCACGCUUCAGCAAGGAAAUCUCAAAAAUGUCCAGCUUUUAGUAACCACCUACAAUAUGAAGGAGACACCUGAAGCUGCCGCUGCCUCUGCCGCCGCAGCUGCCGAUCAACUGUCACAAAACAGCGGCAUGCCCAAGCCUGCGAAGGUGUCUGUAAGACAGCCGGAUACCCAAAGCGAUUCAUUGGUGCGAAACAUGUCCCAGUCACCGGUGUCACAAAAGAAAGAGGUUGGAAAAACACUCUGCCCACUGUGCUUCACUAUUCUAAAAGGGCCCAUCUCAGAUGCCCUUGCCCAGCAUUUACGUGAUAGUCACCAGGUUCUCCAAACUUUACACCCUGUAGAGAAAAAGUUAACCUACAAGUGCAUUCAUUGCCUGGGGGUGUACACAAGCAACAUGACAGCUUCCACCAUUACUCUCCAUUUGGUGCACUGCCGGGGUGUUUGCCAGACUCCGAAAGGCUCCAAGCCCAUCACAACUGGGCUACGGUCCCCUGGAGCUGGGUCUCUGAAGCGUGAGUUAGUUACCCCCGAUCCAUCUGACCCCAAGAGAAGAAAGAUGGUAGACCAGUCUAGGUUUUACCCUACAGGCUUUGCUGAAAAGCUAGAAGAGCCAAUCGUAUUGGCCUUGGAUCCAAAAGGUUAUGGUGAUAAAUCCUACGAAGUGCGUAAAGCUUUCCUCACCGCAUAUUUCAAUCGACAUCCUUACCCCUCCCAACGGGAGGUUGAGAAACUUGCUGCAAGCCUCUGGUUGUGGAAGUCUGAUGUUGCAAGCCAUUUUGGCAACCAUCGCCGCUUAUGUGACCGGGACUUUACCUCCCGCAAACCAGUGGUGUUACUGGGCUUUAACAUGCGGUUGUUGAGCCAAAUCAAGCAUGACAUGACCUUUGAUGACAGCUGUCUGUUCGAAGUCUUUGAUGAUGAAAAAAGUGGAUACUCAAGGACCUCAACGUUUAGGCUGAAGUCUCCCAUUGGUUUCCCAGCAGACUUCAUAGGGACAAAGCAGCCAUUAAACACUGGACAAAGUAGUCAAAGCAACUGUGCCUUCAUGACAUGCCCUGGAUCCUCCUCAGAACCCAUUGCCAUCGACUCUGACAGUGAUUCAGAGCCGGAAGUGAUACCUAAUGAAAAUGUCAAUCAACACACUCCAGCGUCAAGGCCUUCGACAGUUCAGUCCCAGACAAAAGGGGCAUUGCUACGAGAGAGCUUCCAUUGUGAAAGGGAUGUCAGGGCAAGCAGAAGUUCUCCCGGAGUUGGGCCAAAAGUUGUAGAUGGCUCUGUUUCUAGUUCCAGUCCUGACGAAGCAACUUGGUCAGGCAAUAUGUCAUCUGAAGAGAGCCACUACAUACCUGCGGGACGAUUCGAAGUGAAGGGGAAGAAGGUGGGGUUGCUUGGUAGAUGAUGGCUUGUGGCGAUUCUCACCUUUCUCUCUAACUCUCCAUGCUCAGAUUAGUAGGUCAGACCUUUUACCUCACCUUUGGCUGACAUUUGAACAUUAUUACAUGAACUGAGUAAAAAAGCCAGAGGAGUUACACCUUUACUGAAAGUACUGUUUACUCUUAAACACUUCUGCUGUCAAUGAGCAGAAAAACUAAUAUACUGUAUCCUUUUUUUUUCCAAUUGAUCCAUAGUCCAUGGUGUUUUUUCUUUCUUCUUUUUUGUAAACUGUUCUCUGUAUUUAAUCAUUCACUUGUUGGAAUUGUAACAGAAUUGAUAGGUCUAUUGUUUUUUUUUCUUGAUUCAAAUAAAAAGACUGUGUAAUUUA